AUAGAGGGCUUACGGAAUGAAUCAAAACAAAAGGUUUUUUUACUUGUUUUUACUGAGUGUUGGUUUUGGAUUUGGCAUGUUUGGGCAGUACCCAAGUAGUUAGUAUAAAACUGAAAAAAGAAACCUGCAGGAAGCUCUCAGGGCUUUAGAGAUAACUGUUACGUGUGAUGCACAAUAAAUAAAAAAGCGCAGAGUAUUAGUAGAGAGGUUUUUUUUUAAAUGUAUCAAUAAACACAUAUCAAGCAUUUAAGCAAAAUGCCCAAAGGAGCGCGACAUUUUCUCCGAAACGGCCGUUCGUAUGACGAACCGGACCGUAUGCCCAGCAACAUCUCUAUAACCAACUUUGACCUGCUCAUGUAUGUGGUGGCUAUUGUGGGCCAUCUCGUGGACUUAGGGCUGGACAUCAAUGUAGCCGUGAGGUACUCUAUAGCGAAAAAUAUGGUUGAGUUCUGGUGGACCUUAGUGUUCAUACUGCUGCCAGCAUUCGUGAACACCGCCGUCUCCAUUAGAAUGUACGCUCAAGACAAACAGCAAGAAGAUUCUAUAACAAAUGAAUUCACAAAGAGGAAGUGGCUGAGAAUUUUCAUUCUUGUGUUGCAGUUGGCACCAAUUUUGCGAUUCACCGAUGCUCUCAUCUACGCGAUGAAGUCGCGGCGCGCGGCGCGUAAACAGGACACGGAUGCUCAGCACCGCUACUACGGCUUGAUGCUGAAGGAGGACUCGGACGCCGCGCUACUGCGCGUGUUCGAGUGCUUCCUGGAGGCCGCGCCGCAGCAAGUACUGCAGACAACUCUGCUUCUACGCCAGUACGACCACCUCGCUGUGCACCAGGCGCUGUCCAUCGCGUCGUCGCUGGUGGGCACGGGCUGGUGCCUGGCGGCGUACCAGCGCGCCGUGCGGUUCGCGCAACGGGACAAGCGCAACAUGCGCUGGCCCGGCUCCGCGCUGCAGACGCUGUGGCACUUCCUCGUCACCCUGAGCCGAGUGGUCUCACUGUCGGCGCUGGCAUACCUGGCCCCGCACUGGGUCGUGCUGGCGGCGGCGCUCCACAUCGCGGCCAUGACGACCUGGCUGCAGCUCUACGACCGGAGCCCCUUCUGCUCGCACAGCGCCCUCGGCCAGAUGUGUUUCUCGCUGGCCCUGGGAGCCGUGUACCUGUUCACUUACAUCCUGCCCGUCGAGGGCCGCACGAGAUAUAGAUACUCGGCUUACUACUCCAUAUGCCUCGUGCAGAACGUAACUUGUGCCGCACUCUGGUACAUCUACGCAGACGACUCCAUGAGAUCCUCGGUAUACUUCUAUCCGAUUCUGGUGUUGUGCGUAGUGCCUUACGUGUUAGGUUUAGUGUUCAUGGUGAUUUACUAUGCUUUUCUACAUCCGAAAGUUAUGAAAGAAAUCUGUGAUGUCAGCGUUGUGUUCAAACAGGAUUGUGAAGUUGCUCAAGUUAGUUGACAAACUUCCACGUAGGAUUUUUUUAAUUUUUAGCCUCUGUUCGAACGAGUGAAUCCCUAGAACGCUGUUCGUGUUUAAGCGUAAUUCGUUCGCUCACUCAUGGCCCAAUUCACGAACAUUCCGUAAACAAUCACAUAGUUAGACGACCCCUUAACAAUCAAAUAGUUAGACGACCCCUAAAAUCACAUAGUUAGAAGACCCCUAAACAAUUACAUAGACGACCUUAGGGGUCGACAACGAAACGCUACUACGAAAUUUUUAACGAAAACUAAACCAGGACGCGGCUUCCUCAUUUAGUUUUCAUCAAUCUGUACGAACGACUUUAGUCUAGCGUCGCGCAUGGUAUUUACCUAUUUGAACAGAAAUUUAUGAUCUUGCCAAUGGUCGACUACGCGAAAACCUCGGAGAACCCUCCAUGCCGCUCCAGUCCCUAGAAAGUAAAACCCUUGUUCCCAGUCACAACAUUAAUACCAGGAAAUCUUACAACCUUUUUAGAGCAGCGGGCAGGGUGCUUUGGAAAGCGAGUAGGGACUACGACUACCUUUUAAAAGUAUUACUUUAAAAUAAUUUUGAGAACUGAGUUAUUUUAAAGUAACGUAUAUUUUAGUUUUCAUAUAAGAGUAACCGAAAAUUUCUGAAUUCUAACCUAUUGUAGUGAUAUCUCAAUCAUAUAUUUUUAUGAGUAUGUGGAAUGAAAUGUGUGUUGAAAUUGAUCUACUAAUGAAAUAUUAUUGGUUUUCACUGAGUAUUUUGUAUGACUUAGUUAUUUCUCUAAUAGUUGCAGGAAUUUUUUUUAUUAUCAUUAAUACGCCAUCUACGUAAUAACCCAUUUCCAACUAACUUAGUAUAUCCCGCCCUGCGAAGAGAAGAGGCACGUUAGAAGUUAUUUCAUACAAUGCAAACCAAAGACUGAAACUAUACGUUAGCAAUAUGAAUUUAUAACAACAGUCAGUGGCCUGCACUUCAUACAUGCAUGAAAGCACUGACUGUGCCUACCCUGUACAGCUCUUUUUGGAUAUAUUUUGUAUAUAUAUAUAUAUAUAUAUA